CGACACGGUGAGGGGGUUGAUGACAAAACAUCUAUCCAUCCAGCGAACCAUCCGUCCAUCGUCGGCCGUCUCCACGAUGCAUCUAGGUCAGUCAGGUGGUCUUCACGCUCACACUCAACUAUCUACACACCCAUACACACACACACACACACAUACAUACAUACAUAAUGUAUCCAACCAGCUGCGGAGAAAACGAUCCCAAUAUGAAAGCAGUGAGUGAGUGAGUGAGCCCCUCACGAACGAACCAACGACCCAUCCAUCCAUCCAAUGGCAUCCAGGCAUCCGUGAGAUGAGUGAGGCAGGUGCGACAGACGUAGUAUACACAUCAAUCACAUGACAUGACAGGACAUGACAUGACAUGACAGCUGCUCUCGCUGGCUUGAGCAAACUUCCCCGCUCGCUUGCUCAAUUACAUACCCACCAUACCACGACAGACACACAAAUGCUCUCUCACUCACAGAUGCACACCCCGUGCCAGUGGAUGGACCGGCCCAGUGAUGGAUACUCGGGCUGAUGCCAGGCGGCGAACGUCAGCCUCCCAGGGCCAUUGAGAAGCCCUGCGGACUGGCGUUGCCGCCCAAGAUCGCACCCAACCUCACGGACCGACCUUCCUCCUUUCAACACAACAACAAGAGCUGCACUCACUCACUCACUCGCGUAUUCAGAACCCAUCAACCAAUAAAAGCUCGCACAACGAGGCAUGCAAGCGCUGCCUCGUCGAGCCUGUCUCGGCGGCCAUCCUAUGACGCACCUUCACACAAGGCCCCAAACUGACAUGCUCAAGCCUGGGACGGCUGAGCGGGUAUGUCAGCGAGGCGGCCUGUGUGGCAGGUGCGUCAAUGUCCAGCGCCCGAGCCAGGCCGAGAAGCGGCGUCAAUCAACUCAACAACAGUGCGCUCAUACAUAAGGUACAGACGACCUUUGUGUCUCUCGCUGCAUCAGUGUGCGGCUCAUGCUGACCGCCUCGCUGUCUGUCUGUCUGUCUGCCUACCCCCUCUCUUUCUUUCCCUCUCUCUCCCUCUCUCUCUCUCCGGCGACUACGCAGCUAGCCACUCGUCUGCUAUCCUCUCGGCAGCCACCUACCCACCACACACCCCACAAUCACUCGCCCAGCUCGUGGCCGGGGCAGCGUUGGUCAGCCGCUGGCAGCGACGGUUGACGCGUCACUGGUCUUCUGUGCGCCGCUGGUGGUUGCGGGUUUGAUGAGGCCCUCCCUCUCGGCCUCGUCGACGCUUUUGACCUUCUCGAUGGCCGGCAGGAAACACUGCUUGAUGUGGCGCUCCUGCACACACACACACACACACGCACACACACGCACACACACACACACACACGGGGAUACGCUCGUGGUGUUGUGUUGUGUUGUGUGGGGGGUGUAUGGUGGGGCUGGGUGACCUCGUUUUUGAAUCGUUCGAUGAUGGUUGGCGAGUGGAGCAUCCUGCGGUUGUUGAAGAAGGCCACGUCGUUGGGCUUCCAGCGCAUCACAAAGACGUGCUCAGGCUGCACACCUGACACACACACACACACACACACAUAGGGUGGAGAAACCCCUGGCUCCACUCCACUCCACUAGCAGCAGCAGCAGCAGCAGCACCCACCUGGUGUGAGUAUCUCGCCCGUCAGCUUGUGUGUCUCUGCCGGCGUCAUGGGCCCGUCAGGCCCGAUGAAGCGAUACAGCGUGUGGUUGCCCGUGUAGAUGCUCUUCUUGCCGUCCUUCGACACGUGCACCAGCUGUGUGCACAAAACACACCACACAACACACAACACACACACCCAUCCAUCCAUCCCCUUUCCCUGUCCCUCUCCCCUCUCCCACUCACUGGAUGCGUGACGUGUCUCUUGGAUCGUUCGGUGCCCUCUGCGGCGUGCAGCUGUCUGGUCUCCUCGACGUCGUCGGUGCGGUGUGUGCCGAACCAGUCGAGCUUCCACCCGUGCACCUGAUAGUCGUCCUGCACACACACACGCACACACACACACACACACAUGGCGCGUAUUGUGAGGCAUGUGUGUGGAGUGAGGUGAGUCGGGUGGCCGCAUAUAUACAUAGUAUUCGGCCGUCAGCCUGUCGAUUUUGGCCUUGACAGCCUCGUCGAGCAGGUCGUAGCACACCACCGACGAGGCGAACAACGUCUCGCCGCCCUUCUUGGGGGCUGAAUGAAUGAAUCACUCACGGACACACAACACAAACGUGACGCCACACGCGUGUGUGUGUUCCAUCCAAGUGACUUGACUGACCCUUGAUGCAGUGGAGGCAGGACCAUAUAAUGGGCGUCUCGGACCAGGCGAUUCCGUCGACAUGCCAGGCAUAACUGACGCACGCGCACAGACAGAGAGGAGGGGUCUGGUGAGCAGCGGCGCCGCAUCCCGGCCCGUGCGCACUCACCCUGGGUGGACCACUUUGACGUACUUCUCCGAAGGCCACACUGAGUUUCGGACCAACGGGUGGUCACUGCACCAAGCCACACACACACACACACACACAUGUCAAGGGAGAUACGAAUCGCGUAUCGUUGUGUGAGUGAAUCGAUGCGCACGUGGUAUCGAAGUUGUUGCCAUGGCCCUUCGCGAUGAGCUCCUUGUUGUGCGGCUGCAGGGAUGUGAUCACAUUGACCUGAUCCACUGUCUCGGGGAAAUCCUGCACACACACACACACACACACAUGCACACAGACAGAAACCACAUUACACAUGCAGAGAGACCACCUACAUCUCCCCGCCUGUCGUCUCCGCACUCACCUGCCCAUGCACGACGAUGACAUCAUACUUGUCCUGCACACACCACACCACAGACAGACACAGACACAGUCACAGUCACAGGCCUGACUGUCUUAAAUUCUGCUGGCUGCCUGUUCCACCAUGAGGUCUUUGAAUGCCUGCAUCUGUUGGGCCGACAUGUUCUUGAGGUCGAGGUCCUCGUCCAGCACCUCACACCCAAACCCAUGCGGAUGCACCUCACGCACUGUCAGACCUCCGACCUGGAUGACAGAGGAGGAACCGCCUUCCACCUCGUCCAGCUUCCUCUUCUUUGCCGUCGAGUCUGUCUCCAUGACGGGGCAAGGACAAGGCGACACGAGCAGAAAGGCUGUGGAAGGAGAUCUGCGAAAGCCG